AUGGCGGCGCCCGUGCUGCGGGCCCUGCGCCGGGCCGGGCGGGCGCGGGGGGCGCGCGGGGCGGCGACGCAGGCGGGCCGGGGGCUGCUGGCGGAGCAGAGCGCGCGCGGGCUCUUCCAGGAGCUGUUCCCCGCGGGCGGCGCGGGCCCGGAGCUGCCCGCGCUGCUGGCGCGCCCGCAGACCGUGUACUGCGGCUUCGACCCCACGGCCGACGCGCUGCACGUGGGCCACCUGCUGACCCUGCUCGGCCUCUUCCACUUCCAGCGCGCCGGCCACCACGCCAUCGCGCUCGUGGGGGGCGCCACGGCGCGCCUGGGCGACCCGAGCGGCCGCACGCGCGAGCGGCCGGCGCUGGACGCGGCGCGCGUGGCCGCGAACGCGCGCGCGCUGCGGGCCGGGCUGGAGGCGCUGGCGGCGCGGCACCGCGAGCUCUUCGCCGACGGCCGCGCCUGGGGCCGCUUCUCCGUGCUGGACAACGCCGCCUGGCUGGACGCGCUGCCGCUCGUGGACUUCCUGGCGGCGGCGGGCGGCCACCUGCGCAUGGGCACGCUGCUGUCCCGGCACUCGGCGCGCGCGCGCCUGCAGGGCCCGGGCGGCAUGAGCCUGGCCGAGUUCUGCUACCCCGCGCUGCAGGCCUACGACUUCUACCACCUCUUCCGCACCCACGGCUGCCGCGUGCAGCUGGGCGGCGCCGACCAGCUGGGCAACAUCGUGUCGGGCUACGAGUUCGUGCGCAGGAUGACGGGGGAGGAUGUGUUCGGAAUCACCGUGCCUCUCAUCACCAGCACCACUGGGGCCAAGCUGGGCAAGUCCGCGGGCAACGCCGUCUGGCUGAGCCGGGACAAGACAUCCCCCUUCGAGCUGUACCAGUUCUUCGUCAGGCAGCCGGACGACAUGGUGGAGAAGUACCUGAAGCUCUUCACCUUCCUGCCGCUCGCCGAGAUCCAGCACCUGAUGGAGCUGCACCGCCAGCAGCCGGAGAGGCGGGAGCCCCAGAAGCGACUCGCCGCCGAGGUCACCAAGCUGGUGCACGGGCAGGAAGGGCUGGACUCUGCCAAAAGGUGCACGAAGGCCCUUUACCACAGCAGCGUGGAGGCCCUGGAGGCCAUGUCGGAGGAGGAGCUGAAGGAGCUGUUCAGAGAAGCCUCGUUUUCUGAGCUGGUUCUCGACCCAGGCACCAGCGUCCUGGACACCUGCCGCAAAGCCCAGGCCAUCCCCGAUGGUCCCCGAGGGUACCGCAUGAUAACAGAGGGCGGCGUCAGCAUCAACCACCAGCCGGUCACCAGCCCCGAGAGCGUGCUGGUCCUGGGCCAGCACAUCCUCCGCAACGGGCUGUCCCUGCUGAAGGUGGGCAAGAGGAACGUCUACGUCAUCAAGUGGCUGCAGCUCUGACGGACCCCCCCCCCCCCCGCCUCACGGGAAGGGGGGCCCGAGAACCGCCACGCGCUCUGGUUUGUCCUGGAAAUGGGGAAUGAGCCGCAGAAGUGAGGUGGGAAUCGUGUCUGUGUCGGGGUUUCUGAACACGUCCCCGCCCCGCCCACCGUGUCCCCGCCUCACCCACAGAGCCAGGACCGCGCCCUGUGGCCGUGUCAGUGUCCCAGGGAGGCCUGAGCUGUGGGGCAGCUGGAGUGGACGGUCCACAGCUGCCAGGGUGGCCGCCCGGCUACAGUGUCCAAGGGACCCAGGGAGACUCGGUUGUGACACUUGUCACUUCACGGCAGUUUUAUUUACACAGCGAGAACAUACAGGACCAUGACAGUCACGCUCUGGGGGGAGGGGUGGCCACCAGCCCGUGGCCUGGCCUGGAAGCCAGCAUUUUCUGCAGCACUGUCAGCGUUGCUGGGGACAGUCCAGCUUCUCCUUCAGACUCAGGCUGAGGCAAUCAGCCCCCCAAUAAAUCUCGGUUCUGGUGUAAA